UUUAAAAUAUCAAUUAAAAAGUCACUAAAUAUUUUUAAAAGAAAGAAAGGAACAGGAGGACUCAGCCUUCGGGGAAAUGGGUUCCCAUGGCCAGGUGAGAGUUGAUACAGGUGAUUCUGCACCGUCCUAACAAAGCCAAGCGAGCCUCUGCCAUUAAGACCAGCGUCUUAUUUACUGGACUAAAUUGAGCGAGGUCCAGUCUGUAGUUUGAGUAAUAAAUUUCAUCUCUAGGUAUAUAGUGUUUUUAAUGUUUGUUUAUUUACUUGAGAGGCAGAGAGAUCUUCCAUCCACUAGUUCACUCCCCAAAUGGCUGCAACGGCCGGAGCUGGGCCAAUCGGAAGCCAGGAGCCAGGAGCUUCUUCCGGGUCUCCCGCGCAGGUGCAGGGGCCCAGAGAUCGGUGUGGGCGUCAGUGGUUUCGGCAUCUUCUUCAUCCUCUUCGGCAUCCUGCUGUACUUCGACUCCGUGCUCCUGGCCUUCGGAAAUCUGCUGUUCCUGACCGGCCUCUCCUUCAUCAUCGGCCUGAGGAAGACGGCCACCUUCUUCUUCCAGAGGCACAAGCUCAAGGGCAGCAGCCUCUUCCUGGGGGGCGUGGUCCUCGUGCUGCUGCGCUGGCCCCUCCUGGGCAUGCUGCUGGAGGCCUACGGCUUCUUCAGCCUCUUCAGGGGCUUUUUCCCUGUGGCCUUCAGCUUCCUGGGAAGCGCCUUCAACAUCCCCUUCCUGAGUGUGCUGUUCCAGAGGCUUCAAGGCACCGGCUCGAUGGUCUGAACCAUGGAGAUGAGCUCCUUGAACUUGGAUCACUGGCUGAGGGAGCUGGGAGGGUUACAGGAGGCCACCCCCCACCCCCCACCCCCGGCCAACACUGACUCAGACUGCCCCAAGUCCGGAAGGAAGGACGGAGCUGAGCAACAGUUCUCAAAGUCAGCUCAGGGUAGCUCAGGAGGCUGCAGGGACUCUGGGCACAGACAUCUGGACCCAGGGACAUUCGCCUGGGGCGCACGUCACAGCCCCGCCCUGUGUUCGUGGGAGGAAACACGAAGAUUAAAUCUCCAAGCGGUGAGUGUGUCUGGGACUCGGAGUCAGCGUCUCCUGCUCACCCCCACACACACCUGCGGCAUGUGAGGGUCAGCCCUGCCCUCCUAGGCUAUAACCUCCGCCCUGCUUAGUGCCCCUGCGGGCAGCAGUCAUUGCACAAGUGCUGGGCACGUCCUGGCGGCACGUGCCUCUGCGCCGUUACCUGCUUGUCCUGGACAACGCACCCGGCACGCAGAGCCUCCCGAACCGGGCGGGGAACACAGCUCCUACCUCCUGAGAGCUCCAGUCCCAAAGAGGAAGCAGCCCUCUCCCGGGCCACAGGAACAGACCCCUGGGGGGCUGAGGUCACGGCCAAGGAAGCCUGUCCCACCCUGCCACAGGAGGAGGAGCGCAGGAGUUUCGGGUGUGCCGCCACCCCGAAGCCGCUACUCUGUCCCCAGCACCUCCCCGAGAGGUCCACUGCCUAGGGCCACUGUUCAGUUUGCAUUCAAAGGCCAGCGGCUCCCAGAACAGCCUUGGACUCCUGUAUCCCAUAUCCCCAAGCCUGGGGUCGAGGGCCAGCGCUACCUCCAAUUCUAGCUUCCUCUAACGCGCACCUCGGAGGCAGCAGGUGACGGCUCCAGUGCUUGGCCCCAGACACCCACGUGAGAGACCUGGAUGGGGUCCAGGCUCCUGGUAUUAGCCUGGUGCAGCCCCGGCUGCUGUGGGCAUUUGGGGAAUGAACCAGCCUAUGAACCAUCUC